CAGUUGUUAUGCACUGGUUUGUUAACAUUUACGGCGAAGUUUAUCUGUCGAUUUGAGGUGUUUGGUGAGGUGGAUCAGGAUGGUUUCUACACGGGCCAAAUUGGGCAUCGUAUUGGUUUGGUGCCAUCGAAUAUGGUGAUCGAGAUCGCGAAAGAUGAUUUACUACCACAACGACGUCGUUCCGAUGCAUUGCCUGAACCAUCGCUGAGACGGAUGCGGUGGGGAUCGUUGAAAUCACGAAGUUAUGAUCAUGCUGGCGAUAGACGUGUACCGCAUUACCGAUCAGCCAUUGAACACGAAUAUUAUGCAUCUUCAUUGGAACGUCGAGAUCGAGACCAUUCACUUCCGACCAGGCCUAUUGACUACUUCACUUCGAACAGACGUUUACAUGAAGCUGCUGCCACGAACGCACCGAUAGCGUCGCGUGGUGAGUACAUGCCCAGAGGUGGUGAACACGACGAGCAACCUCCGUAUGAUGCGUACCCUUCGAAUGGACGACAUCCCAGAGACUAUUACGCUUAUUCACGUGAUUAUAGGUCGAGAGAUUCUCAAGAACGAGAACGAGAUCGAAGGGAUUAUUACAGGGAUGAACGAGAUAUGGAUGUUAGAGACGGUAGAGAAUUGAGGGAUCAUAGAGAUGUGCGCGAAGCACGAGAGCAAAGAGACGUCCGAGAGAUGAGGGAUCGUGAGAUGAGAGGAGAGCCACGAGAAGUCAGGGAAAGAGAUUAUGGACGAGAUGUAAGGGAAGCACGAUAUUCGAGGGAUCCGAGUAGCUCAAGGCGUGAUCGUGAACGUGAUUAUAUGGAUGAGAGAGAAGAUCAAAGAUCCAGGGAUUACAGGGAUAUGGGAGACUAUCGAGAUCAGCGAGAAAUUAGGGAUGUGGAUUAUCGAGAGGUGAGGAAAGAACGUGAUCCGGAACAAAUGGGUAAAUCAUAUGACGAUAGGGGAUACGUCGGGGGGAGGGAAAUGCCUUCACAACGAGGUUACGAUAGGAGAGAUUACGGUCGAAUGGAGAAGCCCCAACAGGAGCAGUACCACGAUGUAGUUCAAUAUGGUGGAUCAAUGCCACCACCUCAGCAACUACAUCAACCACAACAACGUUAUCCCACUGAAGUGCCUCCUGGUGAGGAUGUAAGGUAUGGUAGGGCGAAUGGUGAGAGUUUAGCAGUGCGAAAAAUGGUCGCGAAAUUCGAUUACGACUCUCGUCAACUCAGCCCUAACGUAGACGCUGAGCAGGUGGAGUUGUCCUUCCACGCUGGUGAUGUGAUAACGGUAUAUGGAGAGAUGGACGAAGAUGGCUUUUAUAUGGGUGAAUUGAACGGUAUAAGGGGACUAGUACCGUCGAACUUCCUUCAGACAUCGCCACCGAGUUCAUUGAUGCCCACACAAAUGCAGCCGCUACAACAACAACAACAACAACAGCAGCAGCAGCAGUCUCAGCUACUCCAUCAACCCUCACAAUCUAUACCUCCGAUCACAGUUGCAGGACCCGAUCAGCCAAGGGCCAAAGGAGUUGCCUUCCAGGAGACUGCCAAAAAGGGAAUGCCAGCACGACAAUCCAGUCAAACAUCAGCAAAAACGUCGACUUCUGGUAAAGGUACACCCAAAUCGGGUAGCACGAACCCACAGAAAGUGCUCACAAAGAAGAGUAGUGAUAUUGGCAGCAAAGGAACACCGAACACGAGGAAAACCUCUCAGUCUGCUAAAAAGAGUGACAGUGCCGCUAAGGCAGGGAAAGCGAGCGCAGUGUGCAGUCUGAAAUACGCGUCGAUGGAGGGCAAACCACGUUUCUGCCUAUCACAAUAA